AUGUCGAGCGCAAUUUUAUUAGCAGCUAACCCGACACUGGCGCGACUUCAACGAUAUUUGACCGAACAACCUACAAUUCGAAUACCUGCAGCAGAUGCAAGUCAAGUGGAACUGCACGAUUUCUACGAAGAUGAACAAGUAUUUGAAUAUGCAGUGCGACAAAUUAGCGAAGCCAUUAGGACAUUGGAGCACCUUCACGACAAAUGGUUAAAUUACUUAUCUAAUCUUUCGGGCAGUGAGGCCCAAAGAGCAACAGAGUUCUAUGAGACUAUGACAUCUAGCGCUGACGGAAUGGUGCAUGUGGUGGACAGGGGCAAGGAAGCCCUGAAUCGCCUGAGGUCUCAUGAACACAGGAUCAAAGCGAUCCUCAGUCGGCUGAAUGAGGAAUCAGGAAGUGACAGUGCUGCCGAAGUUCCGAAUGUUAACAAAGAGAACAGUUCGUUGCUACAAAUCGACUUGAAGGACUUCAGUGGGAAUCCGAUGGAGUGGCCGCAGUUUUGGUCAUUUUUUCAGGCUGAUCUAGAUAGGCAGCCAGUCAGCGCAAUUCAGAAAUUUAAUUAUUUGAUCUGCAGCCUCAAAGGCAGGUUAUGA